GAGGCCGUUUGUUCGCGAUGGGGCAGUUGUGUCUCUAUCUUAGGUGACUUCUACCCGGGUCGUCGGGACGGAGCGGGGAGGACAGCCUGGAGGGCCCUCCUGCGCCUUUGUACGACCUGGGGGAGGGUCAGCUAAGUCCGCUGGACCCGCCGGUCUCCGGCGCCCUCACGUGGUCCUACGCUCCCCGCGGUGCGAUGGCGGCGCUGGUGACCCCCGCGCAGGUGUUGGUGACCUUCAAGGAUGUGGCCGUGACCUUUACCCAGGAGGAGUGGAGACAACUUGACCUGGAUCAGAGGACCCUGUACCAAGAGGUGAUGCUGGAGAUCUGUGGGCUCCUGGUCUCACUGGGCCCCUCGUGUCUACGUCAUCAUCACAUGCUUUCUGAGGCCUGGGCCGUGAUCCUCCCCUGGGCAGGAGAUCAUUUUAGAAGGUGCACAGGAAUGUCAUGGAAUGCCACAGGUGGACACCCUGCAAAAGCCAGUCCUUUUACCUUCUCUGUCUGGCACGCUGAUUGUUGUCAAGAGAAAGUCUCAGAUCAGUGGCAUCCAGUUCCCAAACCAGAGUUGAUCCACUUGCUGGAACAUGGGCAGGAGCUGUGGAUGGGAAGGAGAGGCCUCCCACGUAGCAUGUGCCCAGGACCCGAGACUCAGGAUCACUCGGUGGAGCCGAGCUUAGAGAAACUGGAAAGAACCCGAGGGGCGCCGUCCACACUGCCCAGGAGUGAGCGGGUUGCGGAACCCGCUUCCGGGAUUUUCGGCCUAGGUCUCCGCCAUUAUCCUGCGCGUCUCCUGACACCACCGCCCCCACAGGGUCCUAUGUCAACCAACGCGGUGCAGGACCCGGCCCAGGUUCCCAUGGUAGCAGCAGCAUUUAUGGCCCCUGGACAGGUGACGGUGGGGACGCCAUGUCUGAGACGGGAAGUCAGAAGUAGGAGUAAUGGACAGAAGGACUGUCCAGAGUUCCAUGUUCCCAUGCUGAGUCUGAGAUAUUGCUGGGGUGUCUUGCGGGAGGUCCCGCAGAGGCCUGGGGAAGCACUGCGUGCUGGGUGGCAUGUGGGGAACACGGGCCAUGUGAUCUUUGAGGAUGUGGCUGUGUCCUUCUCCCAGGAGGAGUGGGGUCUCCUUAACAAUGCUCAGAGACUCCUGUACUGUGACGUGAUGCUGGAGAACCUGUCACUUAUAGCCUCCCUGGGUUUUUGGCAUGGAGUAGAAGCUGAGGAGGCCGUUUCUGAACAAUGUGUUUCUGUAGAACAAGUGACGGAAGACAGGAAUCCAAAACUGGAGCCAUCUAUCCUGAAGCCUCUUACUUCUGUUACAAGUGUCCUGGCGGAGAAAGAUGUUUUGUACUUGGCUGACAAUAUGUUCACGUGCGGAGAGGUUGAGAAGGCUUUCCUAGGCAGCUUGGGCUUUCCCCAGCACCAGCCCUCCCAUGAUGGAGAGCAUCCACGUAGAAGCAGGCGGAGCAGGGAGGUCUCUCACCCUGGGCAAGGGCAUCAUAAGUGCAGCGAAUGUGGUAAAGCCUUCAGUAAAAAGUUUAAAUUCACGGAGCACCUGAGAGUUCACACUGGAGAAAAACCUUAUGAGUGCAGUGACUGCGGGAAGUUCUUUAGACACAGCUCCAGUCUUAUUCAUCAUCGGAAAGUUCACACAGGAGAAAGGCCUUAUGAAUGCUGUAAUUGUGGGAAAGUCUUUGCCCACAAAUAUAAACUUUUUGAGCACCAGAGAAUCCACACUGGAAAAAGACCAUAUGAGUGUAAUGAAUGUGGGAAAGCCUUCCUUCGCAAGGAUUCACUUGUUCAGCACCAAAAAAUCCACACUGGAGAAAAUCCUCAUAAGUGCGGUGAAUGUGGAAAGUGCUUCCUGUACAAAAAUAACCUUCUUGUGCACCAGAGGAUCCACAGUGGAGAAAGGCCUUAUGGGUGUAGCAAAUGUGGAAAGUCCUUUGUCUUCAAAAAAAGGCUUCUUUAUCACCAGCGAAUCCACACUGGAGAAAGGCCUUACAUGUGCAGUGAAUGUGGGAAAGCCUAUGUCUACAAAGGAAGUCUUAUUGUGCAUAAGAGAAUUCACACUUUAGAGAAGGCUUAUGGGUGUAACAAAUGUGGGAAAUUCUUUACAAGCAGUUUUGCCCUCAAUAGACAUGAGAAUGUUCACACUGCACAAAGGUGUUAUGAGUGCAGCGAAUGUGGGAAAGCUCUCAACGGCAAAGUUAAACUUGCUGAGCACCAGAGAAUCCAUACUGGAGAAAGACCCUAUAAGUGUAAUGAAUGUGAGAAAGCCUUCAUGCGCAAGUAUACACUUGUUCAGCACCAAAAAGUCCACACUGGAGUAAAGCCUUUUAAAUGCAGUGAAUGUGGGAAGCCCUUCACUUACAAAACAAGUCUUGUUGUCCACCAGAGAAUCCACACUGGAGAAAGGCCUUAUAUGUGCAGUGAAUGUGGGGAAGUCUUUGUCUACAGAAGAAGUCUUGUUGUCCAUCAGAGAAUCCACACUAGAGAAAAGCCUUAUGAAUGUAGUUCUUUGUAAGCAGCUCCAAGCUCACAAAAAACAAAGUUCACACUGGGGCAAUGCCUUCUGGACUUAUGCUUUCCUUCACUUGAGUUAAUAUCUAGCAGCACAACUCCUAUGUAGUAGAGUAGGUGAAUGUACACCUUAUAUGUGGCCAGUCAAACUUUUCUAAAAUGGUAGUAUCUUUUUAUACUCUCACGAGAAGCAGCAGAACAUGAGUUCCUGUUUUUUACAUUUUUACCAACACUUGGUAUGUUCAGGCUUUCUAAUUUCAGUGAUGUCAUAUGUGUAUCUAGUGAUUUUAACUAACAUUUCCCUAUUGACACAAUGUGAGUGGUUUUCCAUGUGUUAAUUUCCAACCAUAUUUCUUUAUUUCUUUUUAGUUUUUAUUGGAGUAUAGUUAAUUUACAAUGCUGUGUUUCAGGUGUACAGCAAAGUGAAUCAGACAGCCAUAUUUCUUUUUUGAAAUUUCUGUUCAUAUAAUUUUGUCAUCUUAAUUACUGAGUUUUGAUGUUUCUUCAUGGAUUAUUGAUUAAGAUCCUCUAAUGGAAAUAUUUACCAAUAUUCUUCCAGACUUGUUCUUCUCAUUUUAGUCACUUUUCCAGAGAAAGACUUUAUUUAUUUUUUUGGGGGGGGGUGGUUUUGGACAUGCUGUGGCAUGCAGGAUCUUACUUCCCCAAACAGGGAUUGAACCUGUGCCCCCUGCCGUGGAAGCGCAGAGUCCUAACCACUGGAUCUCCAGGGAAUUCCUCAAUAUGAAGCUCAGAAUCCACUUUUCAAUUUGUGCAUCACAAAAAAAUCCUACUAGAAUUUUGACUGGGAUUGCAUUUAAUCUUCAAUUUAGAAAGAAAUACUGAGUGUCCCAAUCUAUAAACUUGAUAGAUCUCCUUUUAUUAAGAUCUUGCUUAAUUUUUAUUAGUGGUCUUUUUUAGUUUUCUGUUUGUAGGUCUUACACAUCUCCAGGUAUUUUCUACAUCUUAUGAUAUUGUGAAAGGGAAUUUUAAAAAAUCUUCAAUUUAUGAAUUGUUCAUACCUAUUACACUUAGAGAGAUAUAAAACUAAGGACAGAAGUGAUCUUUCUUUUUUUUUUUUUUUUUUUGGCGACGUGUGGGACCUCAGUUCCCUGGCCAGGAAUUGAACCUGGGCCAUGGCAGCAAAAGACCGGAAUCCUAACCACUAGGCCACCACGGAACUCCCUAGUAGUGAUCCUUCUUAAUCUUAUAAAUAACAUCUACAAAGAGCUAUUAGAAAUACUAUCCCUUUGAACCAUUAUUAAAGUAUUCCCAUUAGAAUAAAAGGAGGACAGCUGCUCUUUGUUCUCUUAUUCAGUAUCAUCCUGGAGUUCCAAUUUCAUUCAAUACAACAACAAAAAAAUACGGCAAAAUAAUGAAUAUUUAGCAAUUGGAAAGGAAGAAAUAAACCACCUAAAAUAUGUCCACAGUUUUCAUCUUCACUAUGAGUCCAAAUAUGGACACUCAGUUUAGUGUCUGGACCCAUCAUAAACUCCUAAUUUUUUCGUCACCUAUUUGCUGCCCUUCUUACUUCCUUAGAACCCAUCACCUUCUAUUACACUAUGCAACUUAAUAUCAUAGAUGAACUGCUUAUUGUAUAUUUCUAUCAAAUACAGACUAAGUUCCAGUAGGGGAAUAUGUAUUUACAUGUUGUGCACUGAUAUAUUUCAUAUUCUUAGAAACAUGUCUGAAACACCUAUGGUACAUAUUGAUGUCUUGAAAUACAUAACAAAAUGACAAUGCUCAUUUAACGUUCAGUUGCACAACUGUGGGUAUACUUUCUAACUCUCCUUACCCAGCCUUUCUCCUCACCCUGCCUUUUCCUUCAGUUUUACUACCCUCAAAAUGCUCUGAGUUAUGGGACAAAUCAUAUUUUGCAAAAAGCCUUUAAAUCAACUAAAAAGUCCCAAUAGUUAUUUUAUUGGCUUCCUUCUCUUAUUAGAUCUCAGAGGGUUUUUUUUCUCACAUUCCAUUGGGAGUUUGAUUGUUUAUUUCAAAAACAGGUUUUCCGCCAUCAAUUUCUGUCACUGCUGGUGCAUAUCUAUCCUUUUUUUUUUUUU